CAUCGCUUCACGUCCACCCUCGGUUCUUUCUCUCGUAUCCAUGGAGCACAAUGCGAUCGGAACUCCCCCCAGGAAGCAGCUCCCGGUCACCCUCGUCGUCCUUCGAAAAGACCUCCCGGGACUACCCCUUGGACGUGCUGGACCACGAACAUGACCCCGGGAGCAGUCAAUUCGUGUCCCUCGAGCGGCAGAGCUCCGACUCCGACCGGCCCGACCUGGACCUGGGCGACGAGUACGACACCACCAGCGACGACCCUCUGCUGCCAACCUCCGAUGUUCCCCAUCUGCAUCACAGACCACCCCUGCAGCGCUUUUCGUGCACUCUCUCUGGCAUCCGCGCGUGGAUGGACGGCCCCCCCAAGCCACACCGGUACCAGAUCACCCCGUUGCUGCGCCGCUGGCAGAUCGCGCCGGGCCGUCUCGUGGAGCGUCAUUUCCCGACCCAACGCGCCAGACUCGCCGUCUUGUUAGCGUGCAUCGGUCUCUGGUUCGUCAUCUUCCUCUCGAUCCUGCAUUCCUCUGUGGCGGGUCAGGAGAUCGAUGGAUACGGGGUGCCGGUCAAGCUGUCAUGUCAUGCGAGACUAUGGCCUAAUUCGACGGAUUGCGGCCUGAAUGGCGAUACCUGUCGUCCCUUUGAUAAAGGGGCCUUUGCGUUCCGCUGUCCCGCGGGCUGCGCGGAUGCCAUGCUGCUGGAGCCGUAUUUUGUCGGCCCGGAAGAGUACAACUAUCGACUUUUGGUUGUGGGGGGUAGCACGGGAGAUGAGGGAGAUGAUUUUGGUGUGUAUCGGGGAGACUCCGCGAUCUGUCCUGCGGCGCUACAUGCGGGCCUGAUCAAGGACAAAAAGGGCGGCUGUGGUGUCUUGAGUCGACGAGGCGAACAGACCGACUUCCCGGCGGUCAAGAAGAAUGGAGUCUCCAGUAUUGGAUAUUCCUCUUACUUCCCACUUUCUUUCACCUUUGCCAGCGAAGGGGGUGACUCGAGCUGCCAGGAUCUCCGGUGGCCGCUGUUCACGUUUUCGCUGGUUGUCACGACCCUGCUGUCGCUGUUUAUCACGUCCCCGUCGGCGUUUUACGGGUCGAUCUACUUCAUCGUCUACUUCCAGGUGGCUCUGUCAUCCGACCCGCCCUACUCGCCGGAUUACUACGAGGUGGUGUCUACCGCGCUGGGCCGCUUUCUACCCUGCGCUUUCGUCGGUUUCGCAAUGUACUAUUUCUGCGUGCGGAAGACCUUGACGGACCUGGAGGCACACUGGGAUAAGACGGUCCUGUGGCUGGGCAGCUGCUGGGUAGGAGCCCUCAACACAGACACAUUCGACAAGAUCCCGCUCUCGCGGCUCACUCCCCACGACAUCCAGCAACAGCCAGGCGCUCUGCUCUCGCUGAUUAUUAUCGUCAGCGUCCUCGUCCUGAUCGUGAUCACCCAGGCGUUCGCAUUCCGGCAGGAGGGCCGAAUGCCCCGGAUGCUGCUUCUGUACGGGCUCCUCUGCCUCGGGGUCGUUGCCUUGAUGGUCGUCCCGCACAUGAACCUGCGCAUCCAUCACUACGUGCUCAGCCUGCUGUUCAUCCCUGGGACAACCCUCCAAACACGCCCGAGUCUCCUGUACCAGGGCCUGUUGGUGGGUCUCUUCAUCAACGGCAUCGCCCGCUGGGGCUUCGACAGCAUUUUGCAGACGUCCGCCGCUCUGCUCGACGGCGCCCAGCUAGGAAGUAUCCUUCCUGUUAUCGGUGCACCUAGUAUAUUCUCCUCGCAGAACAUUGAGUUCGAUUUCCCGCAUAUCGAGCCCGACAAGGACGGGAUCAGUGUGCUGGUCAACGACGUCGAACGAUUCCGCUCGUUCAAAUCGGAUGACGGCGCGCUGGACUCGUUCAAUUGGACCCGCCAUAUGGCGAACGAACCGGAGUACUUCCGGUUCGGGUAUAUCAAGGUGAAUGCCCUGGGGGGCAUUUGGUAUGAAGAUUUCACCAAGCCUGGUACUUGGGGGGCGGACGGGGAGUGGAGAGCGCCUGCGAUAUGAGAUGAUACUAGGCACGAGUGUGGAUCUACGCUUCAAUCAUUGGAAUAGAGUUAAUUCUGAUUCUGGAUCUCUACACCAUAUAUUUCUUUAGACGAUACAUAUUUUGCAUGACUACCAACUACUCAUCUAAAU